AUGAUGUCUGUACAUGACAUGGUUAAAGUAAUGAUCGUCCUGUUUGCAAUCUGUGUUUUUGCAAAAUCAGAUGGGAGACCCCUGAAGAGGAAAACUGUGGGUGAAAUACAGCUUAUGCAUAACCUGCAUAAAAAUCUGUACACGGAGGAAAGGCAGGAUUGGCUACUGAUGGUGCUGCAGGAAGUGAACACGGCAGGUUCUAUAGUUCCCAAGGAUGAUGUUUCCCAGAGGUCCCGAAGAAAGGAAGACAAUAUCCUGUCUGAGAGCCAUCAAAAACGCCUUGCAGAAGCAGACAAAGCUGAUGUGGACGCAUUAACUAAGGCUAAAUCCCAGUGA